GCACGAGAAGUUGCAAUUCCGUCGGCACAGUUAGCGCAGUAAACGCGUGUACUCGUCCCACGGAACAGGCAUCGACGAUUCCUUGAUCAUAUGAGCCGUUGCGUUUUGAUUUUAACGGUAAAUACGCGUGCGUAACGUAAAACCAGCUCGGCUAACACUUUACAACCAACGUCAUAACCUACCUGAACUUUUUUUCGGUCUACCGACAGGUAUGAAUCACGUAGUUUAUCAAUUAGAACUUUUGAGCUUUAAACUCCCGGAAGUGACGCAACCUUCGUACAGCUAGUAGUAUGUGCACGCAGCCAAUGUUAUCCCUGUAAUAGCGUUCCCGUUAUCUCGGUCCCACCGAAGGACCCAGUGCCUACCUAUCAAGUAUUUAUUAUUUUAUUCGCAUACAAUCUUGGACUUACGGCACGAUCGCCACUACUUUACGUUUCACUGUAUUAUCUUUUCCCUCUGAAGUUUCCAGAAGAACGUUGACGGUGACAAGCGUGAAUCAGUUGGCACUGUCUUUCCGUCUCGGAAGAUUUUAUAUAAGUGAUCACGCAAGGUAUGUUUCGUAUCCCAAAAACAAUGCCUGUGACUACAACAGCCACAAAAAAACCAAAGCAAACACAUGCUUGUUUAUAUGCAUCAUAUGAAUGUACACAGCCUUGCCUUGAAGGAUACAAUUACUGUGCAAAGCAUAUUCUUGAGGAUCCAAAUGCACCUUACAAACAAUGCGGUUUUGUGUAUAAUACCAAUGGUAGAAAAUGCCAGAACCCAGCACCAAAGUUAGACAGAAGAGAUAUUUCAUAUUGUUCUGAACAUACUAGAAAGGCUCAAAUAGCACGUAUAAAGUCAACAUCUAGGCAUUCAUUACCACAAACACCUGAAAUGCUUUUACUUAAUUUAAGUCAUUACGUUAAGCCAACUGAUUCAAGUACAGAAGAUACGGAAGAUGAAGAAGGAAAAGUUAAAGCAUUAGAUCCUUUUACUGAAGUCGAUGCGUUUAGGGUAAAUGCAAGUGGUUGUGAUAUUCUAGACUAUGCAAGUUCUUCAGAUAGUGAUGUUGAACCUACGGUAGUGAGCGAUACUUUAAGAGGAAGUUAUUUAGAUGAUAGUGAUAAUGAAAGUUUAUACAGUGCUCAAGAAGAUCCCUUAAAGCAUGCAGGAAUUUUUACUGCAGAGGAAGUGAUAUAUAUUGCAAGGGAGAAACUGAUUCGACUACAGUCACUUUAUAUAGAUCAGUUCAGAAGGCUACAGUACACAUUAAAAGAAAAGAGACGAAAAUAUUUACAUGGACUUAAAAAGGAAAAAGAAACGUUAUGUGCCAUACAUGAUCAACCAAAGGAAACUGCAAAAGAAAAAAAGAUGUAUGAGAAAUUAAAAGCUUUGAAUAGAUAUCAUAGGCGGAGUGGGGUUGAGGCUAUUCUAUAUAGAAAAUCAUUAGAACGUAGAGCACAGGCAACCGAAGGACCUGCACAAAAAAUACCAAGUGUAUCAAAAUGUAUUUUCACAGAAGGUGGAGUGAAAUGUGGCGAGAGAACUCUUCCUGCUGCAAAACAUUGUCGCAAACAUAUUCUUAAAGAUCAACAUCAAGUUUUGUUUAAAGCUUGUGGAGCUGUCAGGGCAGACAUAGAAUGUCAUGAACCAGUACCUGUCAUUUUUGAUACAAAUUGCGUAUUCCAUAUGAAUUUACCAUCCGAAUGUAAAUUAGAAUCUAUGAAGUUUAAAGAGAUAAAACCGGAAGUACCAGAAAUGUCGAUAACAGAUAGUCAAUCUAUGGAGAUUGAUGUAGUUGGUGAAAUGCAAGAAAUUGAUCCAGACGAUGAUAUGGCUGGAUUGAUGAGGGAGAUGAGUGAUGCUGCUCACAUAAAGCCAGCAUUUAAUGAAAGCUUAAAUAGUGAAGCUAGCACAGACACUGCAUUUAGUUUAUCUGCACAGAUGAGUGAUAGAGAUGAUCUUGUAUCCGUAUGACAAAAUAUUUUUCUAUGAUCGCUAAUAAUUGUUAAUAUCUGCUGUUAAAUAAUUUCGAAAUAAUUAUCUGAACGAAGUGACGUUACUUAAUGAGAUCGGAGUACUACAGUAAAAAGCUUUAUUACAAUUAUUUAUUAAACGGUUAAACGCGAGAAAAAUAAUUUAAACGAGAGAUAUGUAUUGUAUAACAACAGAUAUCACGUUAACUGUACAGUUUCUGGAACUAUACUUCAUUGAAUUCGUACGUGUAUAUUUAUUUCAUUUGUAAAUAUUUCACUCGCUAACAUUCUUUUACUAAUCAGUCUAAAAAAAUAAAAAGGAUAAUCAUU